GGCGCCGGACGAGGGUUUGGGCGCUGGCGGAGUCGGAGAUGUUGGAGUCGCUGCUGAAGCAUGGUGGCCUCGUGCUGCUUCGGGACUCUGUGGAGUGGGAGGGACGCAGUCUCUUGAAGGCGCUGGUCAGGAAAGCUGCGCUGUCUGGGGAACAGGUGCACGUUCUGGGCUUGGAAGUGAGUGAGGAGGAGUUUCGCGAAGGUUUGGACCCUGAGGUCAACAGCCGGCUGGUUUACCAUGACCACUUCAGGGACCCUCUCAGCUGGUCAGACACUGGGGAGGCCCCCGCUGGGGGGCCCCUGGGAGCUCUGAGAACCAUGUACACAAGGCCCGAGCCCACGCCUGUCACCAUUGCUGUCGAUUCUCUCAGCUGGCUGUUGCUUCGCUUCGCCUGCAGCACACUCUGCCAAGCCCUGCACAGCCUGACAUGUCGGAACCCCUGCCCUGGACACAGCUCCCCAGCAGAGCAGCAUGUGUGUGUCCUGGGCCUACUGCAUGAAGAGCUUCAUGGCCCAGGCCCUGUGGGAGCGCUGAGCAAUCUUGCCCAGACUGACGUGACCCUGGGUGGCACAUUGGGCCAGGCCUCAGCUCACAUCCUCUAUCGAAGGCCUCGACAGCGCCCAACUCAGCAGACCCACUGGUUCGCCAUCCUCCCGGAUUUCAGCCUGGCUCUCCAAGAGCGACCCCCGCUGGAGCCCCAGCCCCAGCCGGUUCCUCACACAUCCCCGGUGGACCACACAACUCAUCUAACCUUUAACCUUCAUCUGUCCAAGAAAGAGAAAGAAGCCAAAGAUAGCCUGACCCUGCCUUUCCAGUUCAGCUCUGAAAAACAGCAGGCUCUGCUGCGGCCCAGGCAAGGCCAGACGACCAGCCACAUCUUCUAUGAGCCAGAUGCUUAUGAUGACCUGGACCAGGAAGACCCAGAUGAUGACCUAGAUGUUUGACCAGACUGCAGUUGGAGUUGGGGGAAAGACUUUGAGCCCAGAACCUCAUCGUGUUGUUUACACAGUCCAUCCCUGCCCCACCUGUGUUCCCUGUGCCGCAGUGGUACUGCCCCGUGAGCCG